AUGCUGGUCUCUUUCAGUGUCCCAUUCUACCUGGUGUCUCUACUAUUUUCCCCAGUGCGGGCUGUUCUAGAGGUCUUCGAGGUAUACCAGCCCGUCCCGACAGGCCAUGGGAGCGUUGGUUGCAAUGAGGCAAUCCUCCUGAUGGACCAUGUCUUCGGCUAUAGCUAUGGGGAACCAUACGUCGGGAUCUACGAGCCACCGAAUUGUACCUUUGACACCGUUCGCCUCAAUCUCACUGUCACUUCCAAGGGCACACAGUAUGAUCGCCUGGCGCUUAUGUACUUAGGGGACACAGAGGUGUUCCGAACAUCAACUGCUGAACCAACGACCAACGGAAUCAUCUGGACCUAUAUCAAAGACAUGUCUCAGUUCAACGUACUGUGGAAAGAAAAACAGAAAUUGAUCUUUGAUCUUGGAAACAUCAUUACUGAUGUCUACACCGGAUCUUUCAAUACCACUCUAACGGCGUAUUUCUCGUAUGAGGGCAAUGUCAGAACCCCUGAUAUUAUUCUUCCAAUAUCUGCGCGCAAAUCCGCACAAAAUGCAUCAAGUGACUUUGAGCUUCCAUCUGACAAUGCCACGGUGCUCUAUCAAAUCCCUCCGACAGCAUCCCGUGCAGUUGUGUCUAUUUCUGCAUGUGGCCAGUCAGAGGAAGAAUUCUGGUGGUCCAACGUUCUCUCUGCCGAUGAGUGGACCUUCGACAAUACCAUUGGUGAGCUGUACGGGUACUCCCCAUUCCGUGAAGUCCAGCUUUAUAUCGACGGCGUCCUUGCUGGCGUGGACUGGCCGUUUCCCAUAAUCUUCACCGGCGGUGUCGCUCCAGGGUUCUGGCGUCCUAUUGUGGGAAUUGAUGCUUUUGACCUACGCCAACCUGAGAUCGAUAUCACACCCUUCCUUCCCUUGCUCAAGGAUAACAAGUCGCAUUCUUUCGAGAUCAGAGUUACAGGCUUGAGUGUCGCAGAUGACGGAACAGUGACUUUCGCCGACACAGUUGGCUCCUACUGGGUGGUCACCGGCACUAUAUUCCUUUACUUGGACGACUCCAUGUCUCAAAUCGCAACCGGCCAGGCGCCCGAGGUGAACGCCCCGACGCCAACAUUCGCCGUUACGCGGAAUCUUGUCCAGAGUCGGAACGGGACAAACGAAACAUUGGCAUACUCUGUCGUGGCGGAAAGAACAUUGACAGUGAAGUCUUCUGAAUAUUCAUGGAGUCAAAACCUCUCAUACUCGAACUACGGAUAUCUGAACCAGCAAGGAUUGAGCCAGAAAAACAAUCAACAGACCUUCGGCUCUAACACGAUCGCUCAGCUUACUGGAAACAGAACUACGAACGAGGUCACGUUCGAGUAUCCGCUGAUUUGUAACACGACGUAUGGACUCGAAGAUGGACUUUCCAUUAGUGCCUGGAUCCGCAGAGGCCUAGAUAUCGAGUCGACCGGUGGGCUCGGGGUCUCGACUUAUACUUUUACCUCCGGGUCUUUGGAUCUGCAUACAGAACAACAUGGAACAGCGUAUUAUUAUGAACCCUCUGACGAUGAGAGUUCGGUCUCGUAUGGUGAAACGUUCGAUGUCUUUGGAAGCAAUGCCGGUGGAGUUCAAUACUUUCGGAACGUCCAUGCGGUAAAUGGUACUGUUGUAUCGUAUACUGACAGCUAG